AUGAAUGUGACGGGUGAUAUGCCAUGUGAUAUUUGCAAGAUAAGUUAUGGUUUCAGUUCAGCUGAUCGACGUGCAAUUAUUGUAAUGGUUGUUCUAACAGCUAUUGCUCUUGUAUUAUGUUAUGUAGGUGUUUUAUGGUUUGCUAUUCGUACACGUUUUAAAUUGUCGAAAAAUUCAAAUAUUAUCGAUAAUAAUGUGAAUAGAAAUGAGGCAUUUAAUCAUGAAGAGGAGCACGAUGAUGACUAUGUACAGUCUAUGGAAAAUAUAAGAAAUUUAUCACCAAUACCAACACCAACACCAACGACAACAACAAAACAUGUUCAUUUUGAACAAAAAAAAGAGUUACAUUGA